UCACUCGGUCCAGACACUUUUAUGUCAUGUGCCCCUCGGGCAUACUUGUCAUGAGCCGGACACGUUGCAUCAAAUGCAAUAUUUCGGCAUAAAUUGUAAUGAAUGAAUGAAUGAAGGUACUAAGAUAAUCAUAUUCGGCCAAACGUUCAAAGUGGGCCAAAGCGGCAGAUCUGGGACAUUGUAAGUUCCAAGGUCCUUACAGUUCAUUUUACUAACCUUGGUAAGUUGCACAAAACACACCCCAGGGCUUAUCACCAGAAACGAUUCGAUAAUGAAGAGAGUGCGAGAAAUUCAGACUUCAAAUCAUAGGCUCCGCAGUGGAUGGCGUUGGGCCAAUACCUGUUUAUAUAUUUUAGCCAUCAGGUGUGCCCGUCUUUCUUUACUUGUCACUUGCAUACUUAUCGCUUGUUCUAAAUUUAACUUUAAAUUAAUAAUUGAAAGUUAAUUUAACCAUACAACGACAUUACGCAGAAAAGAGCGGAAAGAAGGAAAAUAAGAUGGAGAUAAACUUUAAACCUUGAAUUGAAAAGCAAAUGCAAAUUAGCUAAACCAAGUACAAAAAAAAAUUAUACAAAAUGUAAUAGAUUUAAGUGUUAUUUUACUGUUUCCUUCUCUUCUAGCAUGCGCGCAGAAUGAAAAGAAUUGUACAAGCUCCUUUUGUAGGUUAGUUCUUAGUUCAUGCAAGAAAAUAUUUUCCUCUCUACCUUUUAGAUACUUUAUACAUAACAGUAAAAAGUAUAUUACUUCCUUUGGGAGAGGAGCAGAGGGCAACAAAACAACUUUUUCGGUAAGCGAAAAGACUUUUUGCUUAUCUCUAAAUGCCAUGCAGGUAUCCUGAGGCGGAGAAGGGGCAAUUACGAACAAAUAGAACUUGUAGAGAAAUGCGCGAUUCCUGUUUUCAAUUUAUAAUGCUCCAAUCAGAAGCUACUUCAUGAACUGAAAAUACUCCAUAGAAUAUACGUGAUCCUAUUUCUUCACAUUUUCGUGAUCAGAUUUUGCAUUCUUGUUUCAUUCUUAGCCUUUAUAUUUUGGAUACUGUAUUAUUAUUACUUUGCUUCUAUACUUCCAAAAUGGGUAGGCGUAUAGGUGAAAGUAGUCGUCGGAGAGUUCAUCCACUGCAUUCAUUAGCUUCAAAAACUCAAAGACUGCGCCGUCUGAAAGAAAGAACAGCGUCUCAGUCACCGAUGAAUAUAGAUCUUAUAGAACAAUCUUCAAAUCUAAAGCCAGUGGACACACUGCAGGUUAAUGAGGACAGCAGAAAUGAUCUUCAAUCAGUUGAUGAUAUUGUAGUUCAAAGUGUAAGUUCUAAAUCUGAAUCACAUCAGGAUCAAAUAACGGAGGAAAUUUUACCACCUUUGCUCACUGAAUUUCAUGAAGAACUGGGUGAUGGUGAUGCCAAUACCAUGAUGAAAGUGAGAGAGAAAGUAUCAUAUGGAGGCCGCGUUUUAAAGGUCGAAUGCGCAAAUCAUGCUGUACGAAGAUACGGACGAGCACUCGAGAAACUGAUACGUAGCAGCAUCAGGUUUUCAGGGGCAAAUGGCAUUAAAGCCGAAAAAUUCUCAAGAGCCGUAUGUCAAGAUUAA